CGGUGAUGCUGAGGACCAAGGACAACAAGCUCGUCGAGAUGGAGGAGGGGGCGGCCAAGCUGUCGGGGGUCCUCCGCCGUCAGAUCGAGGAGGGAUUCGUCGGUGUUGCCAUUCCUGUCGAUGUCAAGAAAAAAACCCUGAAAAGAGUCAGGGUAUACUGCGACGUGCACUCUCCUUGGGCGGCUUGGUGUGAAGAGGUGAAAAAGGGAUUUGAUGAUGAGCUGGCCGAAACCUUCAGUUUUGAUAUACGUUUCUUUAUGUUUCAGGCUGCAAUUUGUCUCGAGAUUACAGGAUUGGUUGAUUUGCUCGGUGAAACUUUGGCUGCUAAGAUGAGUGGGAAAUCUGUUGAUGAACUUCUCACCAUGAUCAAAGAAGACAAUGAGCUGACCCCUGAGGAGGAGGAACAAGUCAUUAAGGACCUCCAGAGGAUCGUUGGUUGAAAAAGGACAUCCUUUACAAGUAGACUGAAUAUGAUUUCCCAACGGGUCUCUGGUAAAACAACCUUCAGGUUCUGGUUUGUUUUGAUGGUGGUUAUGGGUUGGAAAUAUGGUGAAGACUACAGUAUCAUUUUCUUUUGCUACUUUCACAAACCUAAAUGAGUUCUGAAGUUACUUGAAUUUGGGUUUUAGAGUCUCAUAUCCUGAUACUGCACUAUACUGUAACAUUUUGGAGUUAAGACUACGGUGCCUUUUUCUCUACAUUGACAUUGAGAUUUGAAGUUCUUGAAUUUCGGAUUAUAGAGUUUUGUAUCCUGA